AUGGCGGCGGCGGCGGGCGCCCCUCCGCCGGGUCCGUUGCAGCCUCCUCCGCCGCCGCCGCCUGAGGAGUCGUCGGACAGCGAGCCCGAGGCCGAGCCGGGCUCCCCGCAGAAGCUCAUCCGCAAGGUCUCCACGUCGGGCCAGAUCCGCCAGAAGACCAUCAUCAAAGAAGGUAUGCUGACCAAACAGAACAACUCAUUCCAGCGAUCAAAGAGGAGAUACUUCAAGCUCCGAGGGCGGACCCUGUACUACGCCAAAACUGCAAAGUCAAUCAUAUUUGAUGAGGUGGACCUGACAGAUGCCAGUGUGGCUGAAUCCAGCACCAAAAACGUCAACAACAGCUUCACGGUCAUCACCCCCUGUAGGAAGCUCAUCUUAUGUGCCGAUAGCAGGAAAGAAAUGGAAGAUUGGAUUGCAGCGCUCAAGACUGUCCAGAACAGGGAGCAUUUUGAGCCUACCCAGUACAGCAUGGACCAUUUCUCAGGGAUGCACAACUGGUACGCCUGUUCCCACGCACGGCCAACCUACUGCAACGUGUGUCGUGAAGCUCUGUCUGGGGUCACGUCACAUGGGCUGUCCUGUGAAGUGUGCAAAUUUAAGGCCCACAAGCGGUGUGCUGUGCGUGCAACCAAUAACUGCAAGUGGACCACGCUGGCCUCCAUCGGGAAGGACAUCAUCGAGGAUGAGGACGGGAUCUCCAUGCCCCACCAGUGGCUGGAAGGAAACCUGCCCGUGAGCGCCAAGUGCACGGUGUGUGACAAGACCUGUGGCAGUGUGCUGCGCCUGCAGGACUGGCGCUGCCUCUGGUGCAAGGCCAUGGUUCACACGGCGUGUAAAGAGUCCUUGCUGACCAAGUGCCCGCUUGGCCUGUGCAAAGUGUCGGUCAUCCCGCCCACAGCGCUCAACAGCAUCGACUCUGAUGGGUUCUGGAAGGCCACCUGUCCCCCAUCUUGUACAAGUCCACUGUUGGUCUUUGUCAAUUCCAAAAGUGGGGACAACCAAGGCGUGAAGUUUCUCAGAAGAUUCAAGCAGCUGCUGAACCCUGCACAGGUCUUUGACCUCAUGAAUGGAGGCCCGCACCUCGGCUUACGGUUAUUCCAGAAAUUUGACACUUUCCGGAUUCUGGUUUGUGGUGGGGAUGGCAGUGUCGGCUGGGUCCUCUCAGAAAUCGAUAGCCUCAACCUUCACAAACAGUGUCAGCUGGGAGUGCUGCCCCUGGGGACGGGGAAUGACCUGGCCCGUGUGCUGGGCUGGGGCUCGGCCUGCGAUGAUGACACCCAGCUCCCCCAGAUCCUGGCAAAGCUGGAGAGGGCCAGCACCAAGAUGCUGGACAGGUGGAGUGUCAUGGCGUACGAGACCAAACCCCCUCGGCAGGCCUCCUCCUCCACCGUCACCGAGGACUUCAGUGAGGAUUCUGAGGUGCAGCAGAUUCUCUUCUAUGAAGAUUCCGUGGCCGCCCAUCUUUCUAAAAUCCUCACUUCGGACCAGCACUCGGUGGUGAUCUCGUCAGCCAAGGUGCUCUGUGAGACCGUGAAGGACUUCGUGGCCCGGGUGGGCAAGGCCUAUGAGAAGACGACCGAGAGCUCCGGGGAGUCGGAGGCCAUGGCCAAGAAGUGCUCUGUCCUGAAAGAGAAGCUGGACUCUCUCCUCAAGACCUUGGAUGACGAGUCCCAGGCCUCUUCUUCCCUGUCCAACCCGCCUCCCACCAUUGCCGAGGAGGCGGAAGAUGGGGACGGGCCUGGUGGCGUCUGCGCCCCCGCUGGGGACCACCCUGUGGGCUCCAUGUGCCCCUCCCGGCCGCAGAUCUUCAGGCCUCGGGAGCAGCUCAUGCUGAGAGCAAACAGCCUGAAGAAAGCAAUUCGGCAGAUCAUCGAACACACCGAGAAGGCUGUGGACGAGCAGAACGCCCAGACCCAGGAGCAGCAGGGCUUUGUCCUGGGCUUGUCCCAGUCAGAUGAGAAGAAGGACUUGAAGAAGGACGAGAGGGUGUGCCUGCCGCCUGCCCACAGUGAGAGCUGUGCAGUAGCCAAGGGCAGGAGCCAUCGCAAAGUGUCCAGAUCCCCGUGCGAGAAGCUGAUGAGCAAAGGAAGUCUGUCCCUCGGCAGCUCUGCCUCUCUCCCUCCGCACACAGGAAGCCGGGACAGCUUUCCCGCGCUGAACACCAAGAUCCUCUACCCAAGCGUGCGGGCCGGGAUGUCAGACUCCUUACCCGGGAGCUCAGUCAUCAGCCGCUUGCUGAUCAACGCUGACCCCUUCAGUGCCGAACCGGAGAACCUAGAGUGCUACACGGAGAAGUGCGUCAUGAACAACUACUUCGGCAUCGGCCUGGACGCCAAGAUAUCCCUGGACUUCAACAACAAGCGCGAUGAGCACCCAGAGAAAUGCAGGAGUCGGACCAAGAACAUGAUGUGGUAUGGAGUCCUGGGCACCAAAGAGCUGCUCCACAGGACCUACAAGAACCUGGAGCAGAAGGUCCUGCUGGAGUGUGAUGGGCGGCCGAUCCCCCUCCCCAGUCUUCAGGGAAUUGCUGUCCUCAACAUUCCCAGCUAUGCUGGUGGGACCAACUUCUGGGGGGGCACCAAGGAGGAUGAUACUUUCACGGCUCCGUCGUUCGAUGAUAAGAUUCUGGAGGUGGUCGCUGUGUUUGGCAGCAUGCAGAUGGCUGUGUCUCGUGUUAUUAAGCUGCAGCAUCACCGAAUUGCCCAGUGUCGCACGGUGAAGAUCUCCAUCCUGGGGGACGAGGGCGUGCCUGUGCAGGUGGAUGGAGAGGCCUGGGUCCAGCCGCCAGGCUACAUCCGAAUCAUCCACAAGAACCGGGCACAGACGCUAACCAGAGACAGGGCCUUUGAGAACACCCUGAAGUCCUGGGAGGACAAGCAGAAGUGUGAGCUGCCCCGCCCGCCGUCUUUCUCGCUGCAUCCCGAGAUCCUGUCUGAGGAGGAGGCCACGCAGAUGGACCAGUUCGGGCAGGCGGCCGGGGUCCUCAUCCACAGCAUCCGGGAAAUCGCUCAGUCGCACCGCGACAUGGAGCAGGAGCUCGCGCACGCCGUCAACGCCAGCUCCAAGGCCAUGGACCGCGUGUACGGCAAGCCCAGAGCGUACGCGUCCGAGGGGCUAAACUGCAGCUUUGUCUUGGAAAUGGUGACUAACGUCAGAGCUCUGCGCAGCGAGACGGAGCUGCUGCUGGCGGGGAAGAUGGCCCUGCAGUUGGACCCCCCGCAGAAGGAGCGGCUGGCGGCUGCCCUCGCCGAGAUGGACCGGCAGCUCAGGAAGCUGGCGGACACACCCGGCCUCGGCCAGCCCACAGAGCCCGGCUACGAGGAGAACGUGAUGCUGGAUCUUUCUAAACGCAGCCGCAGUGGCAAAUUCCGCCUGGUGACGAAGUUUAAAAAGGAGAAAAACAAUAAGAACAAAGAAGUGCACAGCAGUCUGGGAGCCCCGGUUCACCUCUGGGGCACAGAGGAGGUGGCUGCCUGGCUGGAGCACCUCAGUCUCUGUGAGUAUAAGGACAUCUUCACGCGGCACGACAUCCGGGGCUCCGAGCUCCUGCAUCUGGAGCGGAGAGACCUCAAGGACCUUGGGGUGACCAAAGUGGGCCACAUGAAGAGGAUCCUCUGUGGCAUCAAGGAGCUGAGCCGGGGCUCUCCUGCCACCGAGGCCUAGCCCGCGCCCUGUCUGCCUGCCUCCGCCGCGCCCCCAUGACUGAAGCCUCCCUGGCCCAGCCUCCGAGGCCGUCUCAUGGUGCUAUUCCCUCUGGGAGUGCCCGGAAGCUCUGACACACGUGACGCACGUUGGUAACAGCUCUGGGCUUUGAACAGACCAACACAGCUACCUUUGAACCGAUCCCUUUCCCAGCCGGGGCCCGGGGAGCGCCGUCCCGCGCCCUCCGCCUGAGGUCUGCAUGGUGGGCACAGGAGACGAGGUUGAGCCCAGACUGCGCAGAGUGCCCCACGCGCCUCUCCGCCCUUCCUCCACCCCACUGGCCCUCAGCUUGCAGUGGCCGCAGCCAGAACCUUCUCUGUGCCUGACAGCCCCUCCCCGAGUGCUUCACGCGGGCGUCCAGGUCCUGCGGCUUCCAGGGUGAAGAGCGGCAUGGAUGCCCGGCCCGUCUUCCCUGACAGGAAGAAAAAGCAGGAUGACGCAGGCGGACAGGGCCGCCAUUGGCCGCAGUCGGGAACCCCGGGCCUCGCAAAGCCUCUGGCCCUCCAAGCGCCCUCCUGAGUCGGGGGCACAGGAUGUCACUUCAGUCCCCAGGGACGCCGCAGGCCGAUGGAGUUUAGCUUGGGGCAGACGAGUGGGGGCACAUGGUAGUCUCCACAGAAAGAUGACCAGGACUGUGCCGCUGGGGGAGGUGCGAUCUGGUCCUGCAGGGUGCUCCGGAGCCCGUCUCCCACUGGCCUGCCUGGUGUCCCUGGAGACAGCUGUGGGCACCGCCUCAACGGCGCUCGUGCCAGCCCCUGCCCUUGCCGGGGUCAGAGCUCAGCCCCGAGCAGGCCCCAUCCUGCCGGGCCGUCCCCGCAUGGCAGGCGGGUCCUCACUGCCUCCCUUCAGAGCUGGCCCCACCUGCCAAGGUGCGUGAGCUGCCCGGCUGCAGCUCCUGCCCAGACGGGGCGGCACUGAACACCUGUAGCACUGCCCAGCCCACCUGGCACACCGGAGGCCGCUCAGGGCACCGCUGAGGGCACGGUGGCGCUGGCUGCGGGUCUGCUCUGCAGAGUCGUGGUCCCUCCUGUGGUCCCCGUUCCCCCUAGCACCCGUGGCUUUCUGGUGUGUGGAGAGCAGUGUCCUGCCACGCUCUGCCCCCAGCUCGGGGUCUGUGGACGAGGUCACGCGUCCUGGGUGGUAGGCUGCACUCAGAUGAUGUGGCCGUGCGCUCAGCUGCCUCACUGGAGUUCUGCCCCUUCUCCAGCCAGAGCUGUCUCCCCUUACGCAAGCAGCAGGGCAGCCAGCGGGACAUGGAGAAGGAAGCACCUAGACACGGCUCACUGCUCCCCGCUACGCCAGGUCAGAGUGCGCCGUGGGGAGGCGGGACACGGACAGGAGGACGAGCAGCAGUUGGUCACCGCCAGGGCUGCCAUAUCCUCGGUGUUCUGGGAAAUGAGCAGGUUCACGUUAGCGGCCAAGGCAGCACUGCCCACGUAAAUUGCGGGUUCUCAAGAUGGGGGAGGGGGCCCGCGUGGUGCCGCAGAAGCCUGCCAGGUGGCCACGGGCCUGUGCGUCCCCAUUGCCACCCAGCCCCAAACCCCUGCAGGGCCCUUGUGUCCCAGGGUCCCCAAGGCCUGGGGAGAAGGUUUUGUGCCUGCAGGUGGAGCCUGCCCUCGUAUUUAUACUAAUUUAUACAGUGACCACCCGGGAGCAGAUGCUUCCGGCUGUUGCUCUGUACAUAGUUCGCGUCACAGCUGUACAUAUGUCCUGUGUAGAAAUAAAACAAGCCUGUUUUCCAUCUUCA